AUGCCUCCUUUAUUAGCUGCUCAUAAUUUUUUGGUGUCGCCUACAGAAAUAGUCUAUGCUCUUGAGAAACUCGGAACAAAAGUGAAGUGGCCGCCGAUGAUGAGAUCAGACCCGAACACCAGAAAAUCUGAUGCCCUUUGUGAGUUCCACCAGGAACACGCGCGCAAAAUAGAAAAUUGCAUCGCCCUCAGACAAGAAGUCGUAAAUAUAUUACGUCAAGGGCAACUCAAAGAGCUGUUAAGCGAUAAGCGGAGGACUAACUUUUCCAGAGGAUGUGAACAUCAAGGCCCGCCAAAGCCGCCAUCGCCAGCUCGUACCUUCAACAUAAUCAUCGGUGAUGGCGACAACGCCUCUAUCAACAACGUGAAGUUCAUCACCACUCACAAGUUCAAGCGGUCUAUCACCCCCGAACAGUACGACAGACUCGAAGAGAGUACCAUCUUCGACGAGUCGGAUGCUGACGAUUUGACUUUCCCUCAUAAUGAUGCCCUCGUUAUUACUUUACGCAUUUUAGAUACCGAUGUCAAAUGCAUCAUGGUGGACGAUGGAAGCAGUGCAUGCAUUAUCCAUCCCCGAGUCCUUACCCUAAUGAGUCUCGAGGAUAAGAUAGUGUCAUACUGCAUCACGCUAACCGAUUUUAAUAAUGCAGUUGAGCGGACAUCUGGGGAAAUUACACUCCCCGUCUUGGCCGGUGGCGUGACUCUGGAGAUGACAUUCUACAUCAUGGACUAG